CUCUGCUCCUCGGUAAUCCUCUCUAUGACCUCCUCCUGCUGACUUCCUGUCACAUGACGUCAGGCUGGCUGCGUGCGUGUGGAGGAGGCUACGCCGAGCCUGACGUCACCCAGUGCACGCCGCAUCAGUGUUUCCAUAGCAACGCGCCGCACUACGCCGAGACGGACAUCGUGCGUCUGCAGGGCGUCACCGGCAGCAACAUGUACGCCGUCCCCGCCCUCACCGUGGACUCGCUCACCAGGAAGGACAUCUCCGCCGCCGAGUUCCCACGGCAACAGCUCAUCUUCAGGGAGAAGCUGGGGGAGGGGCAGUUUGGAGAGGUCCACCUGUGCGAGGCCGAGGGACUCCCAGAAUUCCUCGGGGAGGGGUCGCCUCUUCCCGACAGAGACGGCCGUUCGGUUCUGGUGGCCGUUAAACAGCUGAGAGCGGACGCCACCAGCCAGGCCAGGAACGACUUCCUGAAGGAGAUAAAGAUCAUGUCUCGUCUGAACGACCCCAACAUCAUCCGGCUGCUGUGCGUGUGCGUGUCGUCCGACCCGCUGUGCAUGGUGACCGAGUACAUGGAGAACGGAGACCUCAACAUGUUCCUGUCGCAGCGGGAGAUCGAGAGCACGCUGACGCACGCCAACAACAUCCCUUCAGUCAGUCUGUCGGACCUCCUCCACAUGUCGGUGCAGAUCUCGUCGGGGAUGAAGUACCUGGCGUCUCUGAACUUCGUGCACCGCGACCUGGCCACCAGGAACUGCCUGCUGGACCGCCGCCUCACCAUCAAGAUCGCAGACUUCGGGAUGAGUCGGAACCUGUACAGCAGCGACUACUACCGCAUCCAGGGCCGCGCGGUGCUGCCCAUCCGCUGGAUGGCCUGGGAGAGCAUCCUGCUG